GAAAUAAGUAUUAAUAUGUCCGUUCAUGGGUUCUUGUUAGUAGAUGCCAUCCAGUCUUUUGGCCACGAUUUUGAGUUACUAAUUGCGAGUCAUCGACAUGUUGAGAAAAAACUAUGAUUGCGACACUGAAGGUGCUCUUAUAACCAUAGAAAUCAAUAUUAUAGAAUCAAUGGACAAUAUAGAAGCGAUCCAAAUUGCAAAUAUAACAUUCAAUAACUUGGACGUUAUUGCUAAUCAAGAGACGAUUGUAGAACUUCUUGGAUUUGGAAAACGAAUUAUUGAUAAUUAUAAACUAUACCAAAGCAGCCUUAAAACAAAUGCGAGUAAAGUUAAUGCUACUGCACGUAAAGAUCCCGUUGGGGUUGAACAAGUUAAAACUGAAAUCAAUUUUGAUUUUCAUCGUUUAAACAUUUUAGUAUUAAGAAGCUUAAGAGUUGAAAAUGGAAAUGUUGGUCGUAAAGUUGGAACACUUACGAUGAGCGAAGCCAAGAUUCAUGCAACGUUGGGAAAGGAUUUAUGCGUUGCAGGUGCAUUGGGAGGCAUACAAAUUAUUGAUAUAACGCCAGAAGGAUUUAACCAUCAACGUAUUUUUUCCGUUGGCAAGGAUCCUUUAACUGAUCCACCAAAUUUGUUUGAAAAUGGUGCGAUGUAUACACUUAGUAAUGAAAUUUAUGGGAUGGAUGAUGACGAAUUUCAGUAUACCAACGCCUUAAGUUUUAAAAUAACGCAAGAUAAAAAUUCUUCAGUUGUAAUAAAAGUACGAAUGGCAUCAGUUUGGUAUACUCAUUGUCCUAGAUUUAUCGAAGAAAUAUAUUUGUGCGUUAAAGAAUUUAAACAAUAUUUUAAAAAUUUUGUAAAAUCUUUACGAAAUAAAGCCACACAUAUGGCAAAAGGUCUUGUACAUCACAUGAGUUCAACUAGAUUAAAAAAAAAUAACAAUUCAUUUGGAAAUAUUUCGCUUGAUAUUAUACUUAGUACACCAGUAUUAGUUUUACCGCGAUCAUGUAGAAGUGCAGAGGUGUUGGUUGCUAACUUGGGCAAAAUAACUAUAUGUAACACACAGGAGAAUUCAGAGAGUUGUUCUGAAAGUAUAAGCAGAGAUACAUAUUUUAUAGAUAUAAGAAAUGUGAACCUAUGCUCGUUAAACAUUAACAAAAGAAGCGACAUUAGAUCCAAAGUGCCACCCAAAGCUAAUGAAAUCUAUUCUUGCCACAAAGACGCAAUGGCAAUAUUACAUGACACAGCUCUUUUAUUUCAAUGUAUAUAUGAAUCUAAAACAUCCGAACCAGACAGAUCGUGGGAUAAACAUCAAACGCUUUUAAUUGACGGAAGUGUUACUCAAAGCUUAAACAUAUGUUUAUCAAGAUCGCAAUAUGAACAAGUAAUUGAAACGAUGGGCUACGCAACUAAUAUUAUACUUUUAAAAGAAUCAAUUAUUAAAACAGAAAAAGAAAUUGAAGCAUCUGAAGAAGCAUGUGCAAAUGAGCACUCUAAAACGAACGAUUUUACAAAAAUUUGCCUGCAAUUUUCAGUGCCAAUCUUUAAACUAGAUUUAAAAAAUGAACAUAAUAUCUCUCUUAUACAUAUAACGUUACAAGAAUUUAUAUUUCAUAAAAAUGAUACCGCACAUCAAAAAGAAGUUCAAGUGUUACUACGAUCUGUUAUUAUGGAAGACUUAAAAUGCACAACAAAAUCCAAGUAUAGAUAUAUGGUAAAUUCGUCAAAAGAUAAUGAUAAUAAUCAUUUAUCUAGAAACAAAAUCUCUUAUUCGUGUCCAGACUUAUCAAAUUUUAAAGAUUUCGAGAUUCUCAAUAAAUGUAUGUCGAUGCCCACAAACUUAAAUGAAAGAAGGAGAGAAAAUAUUAAAACAAAAAAUUUUAAUAUAAAAUGUUUUAAAAAAAUAGAUCUAGAAAUCAAUCAGAAGAUUAAAACGGAAAACUUGGUAAUAUAUAAAUCUAUUACAACGAAGAAUAUUGAUACAAAAAAAGAAGAAGAAAUCAAAAGUUUCAUUGAUUUUAACUGUCUAAAUUUAAUCAUAUCUAUUGAGAAAUGGUUUAUGGUGUUUGAUUUUUUUGGACUUAUUACUAAUCAAGUAGACAAUUCAGAUGAUCCAGGAAAUCAAAAAUCUUCUAACAAUCAAACCGUUGUCAAUAGAGAAUUGCAAAUAUCAGUUCAUUCUCUGAAUCUCAUUUUGGUGAGAAAUGAGUCUGAAUUAUCCAGAGCCAAUAUUUCAUCAGCGAUCUUGCAUAUUAAUAAGGAAGAUGUGAUUAAAUCUAUAGAAGGACGAUUGGGAUCUAUUUCAUUAUAUGACUUAACACCAUAUGGCUAUUUAUAUCAAGAAAAAUUUUCCACAUCUGGAACCGAGGCAUUAAGUUUCACAUAUAACAGGAAACCAAAUUGCCCAACAAGAACCUUAGAUGAAGAUGCAACCCUGGUAAUUUUAAUGUCAUCUGUCAAAUACAUACACACCAAGAGAUUUAUCGUGGAAAUUCACUUGUUCGUGAAAGAGCUAUUACAGCUACAGUCGCCUGUAAUGAAUCGGAUUAAAAUUAAAAAAACAGAAUCAAGGAAAAAUCUAAACAGUGCUGUAAAAAUUGGAUUGGAAAUACACGCAGAAUCUCCAAUCAUUCUGUUACCGGUUUCUUACAAUAGUAACCAACUGUUGAUUGCCGAUCUUGGCAAAUUUACUUUAGUAAAUAGUUUUCAUUACGCAAAAGAUUUGACGUCUUUGAAUGAAAAGCGAAUGGAACUUAUUGAUUAUAAUGAAAUUGUCGAUUUAAUGAAUAUUGAACUGGUAAAUAUAAAUGUUCUUACUGGUGAGCGUGAAAACAAUAAUCAAAGGAGUCGUAUAGUUGAAAGUAAUUCAAAUAUACUUCAUGUUGGUAAUUUCAGUAUUGUGAAGCUUGGAAAUACAAUAUUUAAAGAAAAGUGUCAUUUAAAGUUACAAGUCAUAAGAAAUACUGAAUCAGAUAUAAGUCAUAAUAUUCCGGAUAUAACAGUAAAAGGGAGACUUUCGGAGCUUCACGGGCUAAUUAAUUUGCAACAAUACAAACUUAUUCGAGGCUUUCUUAACUACAACUUAGGGGAGACUAUAGAUGAUGUAUACUACAACUUUCAAGCUAAUCUAAGUGAAUCUAUUGAAAAACUUUGCUCUAUGACAAAAGUAAAUGUAUUCCAUCAAAAUAAUCUAUCCAGUUGGACUACUUUAUCAAUGAAUUUUCUGUUAGAAAAUGUAAUUAUAUCUUUAGCUGAAUCAAUUGAUCUCAGUAAUUACUAUUCAAACUAUACAUUGGCCUGUAUUAAGUUUAUAAAGUCAACAUUGGAAAUUGACUCUUUUAGUGAUGGCUCACAGGAUAUUGAUUUAAUUUCAAGCGAAAUUCUAAUUAUGGAUGCUAGAAAACAUUUUUCGGGUUACAGUUCAAAGAAUAUAUUCAAGUAUGUUUUAAAACCAUCUGUUGAAGGUUCCUCUAAAAAUGUAGUUCAAGCUGAAAUCCAUAGCCGGAAACGAAACGACACAUCUAAAUAUACAAUACUUUUAAAUAAUAUGAGAAUAAUGGCCAUCCUAGAUUACUUGGAAAAAUUAAGUAACUUUUUGAAGGAAGAACCGCACAUGGCUCCAGAAACAAGUUUAAAGCAUAAAAAAACUACAAACAUAUCAACACCACAAGAAUCAGUAAAGACAUCGGCUCCAUGUUUGGAGGAGAACUCCAAAUACGAAUUUGUGCUGAAUAUUACUAAUUCAGAAAUAGUAUUCGUUGAAAAUAAUGACCAGCUUGAUACAAAUGCUAUAAUAUUAAAAAGCACAACAGUUUAUUCAUACAAACCAAAUAGUAUUGUUCCUAUUUCAAUAGACAUAAACCACUUGGAAAUAUUCUCUUGUAUUUUAGGAUCGGAAAACGAAAGUUCCCAAUCAAUUAUUGACCCUUUUACGGUUAAUAUGGAGGUGCGUAACAAUUGUUUUCAAGUUCAGAUUCAAAAUAAGAUUUUUUUGCGUAUUUCCUACAAUGAUGCUAUGUUGUUUUCUCGAAUUAUGCAAUCUAUACCAAAACAAACAAACAAACAUGUAUUAAAGAAUUCGAAUCAACGUAAUGACUAUAAUAAAAUUGCACCCUUAGUUGCAAUGGGCUUUAAACAUUCCGAAUGUUGGCAUGCAAUGGAGAUCAAUGCUUUUAAUAUUAAUGAAGCAGCUAUUUGGUUAUCACAACAUAAAUGUAAGAACUCAAACACCACACUCGAAGUGAAUUGCAUUAUGUUGAAUGUUAGUUCCAUGUCAGUGUGCAUAAUUGACGAUUGCUUGGACGCUGAUGUGCCUCUUUUAGAAAUUUCUCUCUCAAAUCUUAUUAUAAGUCAAAAAAUUCAGACAAAAGAUGAUGAAAAUAUUAAAUUAUAUGAAGGAGAAAUUGAUGCUGUGAUUUCUAGUGAUUACUACAAUCGUCGACUAAGCGGCUGGGAGCCAAUAAUUGAACCUUGGCAGUGUACAGGUCGUUGGAAGUUCUCAAGGAAUAUUGUAGAUAAAACAAGACGAUUGUUUAUACAAGGAAAUAGCAAACAAGUGCUAAAAUGUAAUAUUACAUCUACACUUUUGGAAUUAUGUGAUUUAGUUCAUAAAAAUUGGACAGAAGAUUAUUUUAAACGGUCUGUUUCUAAAACCGAUGAUAUCGAAUGUACAAACGUUAAUAUCCGGAGAAGACUUCCAUUUGUUCCAUUUGCACUAAAAAACUUGACUGGAGAACCACUUAUAUUUAAAAUAUUUUUUUCGCAUGCUGGUGGCAUAACACGUACAGAAGUAACACAACAAGAUCUUAUGUGCAACUGGAUAUCUGCACAACAUAAUGAAGUAGUUCCCUUUGAUUUUGGUCCCCAAAGUAAAUUAAGACAUUUAGAUUCUCAUAAACUUAACAUGCAUCAGAUACUAGUUCAAAUCCAUGGCUGGACAUUAAUUGGUCCCAUUUCAAUUGAUAAAGUUGGAACAUUUUUCCGAUAUGCCAAUCUAGAUAUGCAAUAUAACAAAAAGGCCCGUAUUGUGUUUGAAAUCUCACUUGUUGGAUCGGCACAAAAACUAAUUGUAGUUCGUUCGGCUUUAAAUGCAGUAAACAAUACAAUGAAAACAUUUAUUUUACGCAUGAAGCUGAAAAAUGAAAAAGAAUCUAUGCUAAUGACAUUAAACCCAUUAGAAAAGAUAACAAUACCUUUGCGUUUUGUUGAUUCCUCUAUUUAUUUAAAACCGCUCUCUAGCGUAGAAUCCAAUGACAACCACGCUGAUAUCCAUGGAGAAAGUACUGAUUCAUUGGAUAAUGAAUGGCAAGUAGAUGACAAUGGCUUCUGUACAAAAUCUAUUCAAUGGACUCAUUGUAAUUCAAAUGACAGUAUCCAGGAUAUACAUUCGUGUUACUCCCCAAACAAAAUACCAUUUCAUGUAUUAACUGAAAUAAGAAAAGAUAAAUAUCCAAUAAGAGACAAUUUAUCAAUGCCAGGUCACACUAUAACAAUUAUACCACCACUUAAGCUGAAAAACUUGCUGUGUUGUGAUUUAAUAUUCAAAAUUAUGGGCCAUACUCAGGGUAGAUUAAAUGCUUCUGAUGAGGUAGAAAUUUACUCCAUUGACAUUAAUGAAUCAUUUUGUCUCAGCAUUACUUUAGACAAUUAUAAACUAUCUGGACAAUUAAAAAUUCCUAUGGGACAUACUGGAAUAGUUGAACCAAAGUUAAAACUAAUUGAUGUUCUUAAUAGAGAGCUAUUUUUGCGAAUAUCAAUACAAUCAUUUCAAGGGAAAGGAAUGGAAAUAUUUAUUGGUGCUCCAAUUUGGAUUAUAAAUAAAACUGGACUGCCACUAAUUUUUAGGCAAGAGGGUACAAAUCUUAUAGCAUCUGGCCAAUUUGAUGAACACGAACAUGCCAGAGAAGUAUCACCUCUUAUGUUUUCAUUUUCUGAUCAGGAAGGGUCUCCAUUACUAGAAUUUCGUUUGGGAAAAAGUUUUGGAAAUAACAAUCAGUGGUGCAAAAGUUUUGGAAUCCACAAAGAAACUACUUUUCGCGAGCUAAAGGCGGAGCAGUCAAAAAUAAACUAUGUCAUUGGUGUAAAUGUGCAAAGAGGAACUGGGUUAUAUAGCUGUACAACAUUUAUUACCCUCACACCUCGCUUUCAACUGUAUAAUAGAAGUACACAUAGACUGGAAUUUGCUCAGAAGUGUGAUAUAAAAGAAAUGAAAAAAACUUCAUCUGAUAAGGUCAUAAUUGCCCUACCAGGAUGCAAUUUUCCUUUUCAUUGGCCAAAUUGUGAGCAGGAACCAUUGUUAUGUGUACGAGUAGCAGGUGAAGACUUUUCCCAUUGGUCCAGUGGUUUGCCGGUAAAUGAAGCUAAAAGCCUUUACAUAAAUGUUAGAAAUGAAUUAGGUGAAAUGAUAUUUUUACGACUGGAAGUUAUACUGCAUGGCGGAACAUAUCUUUUGCACUUUACGGAUGCUAGUACGUUACCACCACCAAUAAGGAUUGAUAAUUAUUCGGAAGUUCCAAUUUAUUUUUAUCAAAAAGGUAUCGAAUCACAAUGGAGAACUACUGCAAAGCCACAGUCAUCGUUGGCAUAUGUGUUAGAUGAUCCCAUAGGUCCACAAUCUUUGUUAUUAGAAGCUCCUGGGGGAAAUUUUAUUGAAUACUCUAUCAACAAAAGCGGUGCUACUAAAAGCAUUACAUACGCAAAUUUCAUAUAUAUAGCUUUUAAGGAAACUUUUCAAAUAGUUCCAUCUGAUUGUGAUAACAAAAAUGAAGGAAUUGAAGGCCAACAAUUGGUUCUAGGCGUUAAAGACAAGCGAGUAAUAAUAACAAAGAAGUGCACAGGUGACCGCUCUCAACUAUGGCUAAUGAAUUCUUAUGGCCAACUAGAACAUGAGGGUUCGUCUCCUCCGACAGAAUAUUCAAAAUCGACACAUCAAACCCCUCGCCUAGUUUUAGAUCUUGAAAAACCACCAAAUCCCACUGACUAUACAAAGCUCGUUGUACGACCGCAAAAUAACCAAAGAGUCACUACACAAACUUGGCGAUUCGAAAACGGUAGACUGAUGUGCCACGCAAAUAUGUGUGUACAGGCUGCAAAUGGUGUAUAUGGAUUGCAACCUGGUUUUGAUGCAGUUGUGGGAAGAAUGGAGACUAGCUCAAGAGCUUCUAAUUCAGAACAUGUUCCAUUUGAACAAAGCAUUGAAAUUCAAAAAUUACGGCCGGGUUCAGGUCAUCUCGAAGUAAUGAAUAAAAUGGAUGGACCAAUAAAAUCCAUUCAAAUUCACGAUGUAAAAUUUAAUUCUGAUGAAAUAAUACUAGCUCCAGAUCCAAUGUGGAAUCAUGCAUCUGUUUUUAAUAAAGGAUUAACUAAUAACAAAAAUCUUCCCAUUUUGGAUGAACUGAUGCGCUAA